AUGACCACUAUAACACUCCCUGAACUUCCAUCAGAGAUUCUUUGCAAUAUUGCAUUACAUAUUCCAAGUGCCUACGGAAUCACGCGCCUGGCACAGACUUGCCGCCGAAUAUAUAAGAUCAUCGCUGCCGAAGAGUCAUGGUUGUUCCGAGCAUUCAUUCAGGAUAAAUUUCCAGCAAUUCAAACACCACCCUUUUGGAAAGAUGCAGCAUGUGCACUUACCUCGCGCUCACGCGCUGUUGACCGGCUGGGUAUUGUUGGUCGAUUCGUGAUCCUGCCUGAGACCAUUACCCGCAUUGGGAUUCAAAGGGAGACGCGACGGGACAAUCCCACCAUGGGAUAUCGCCCUCCCAUUGACUCUUAUGAAGCCUGGAAUGGCGGGUCCUGGGCAGACAAGAAAGAAGUUCUUGCAUGGGGCGCUGGUGAGAAACUCUUGAUGCGAACCAAGCAGUCCGGAAAACAUCAGCGUAACAAUUGGGUCCUAUUCAACGACGUGAAUGAGCCCAGUAGCCAUGAUGAUAUUCUUGGCCUACACCUCCUGGAACCGGAGCACGGCAAAGAAAUAGAUACUGAGAAUGUGAUCUUUGGUCGGAGACAAGGCGAUAUUCGCCAUAUCGCACUCUCCAUAGCCGAUGCCACCUACGAUGACAAGAAGAUAUUUCGGACCCAAGGGCUGGAACUCAACGAGACAGACUUGAUAAAUGGUUCUACCUCCAUAAUGUGUGCUCAAUUUCUUCAAGGGUCUACGGCACUCUACCAUACUGACACCGAUGAGCAAGACGUUCAGCCGUUCGCAUGGAUUCGCCCUGAACGAUCCUCGCGUGGCCGCAAGUCAAAGCUGUUAUCAUCGUCGCGGAUCGCCGUCGCCACUAUGGAUGGCAAGGACUCUCUGGUGAUUUCGAGAAUCUCACCAGAUGGCCUCUUCCCUGAGCAGACGAUACGCGUCUCUUCUCUGGAUGUAGAAAGCAAAAUGGGCCAUUAUACUUGCCAGGCGAUCAGCGCCAUCGAGCCCCUCAAUUACCAUCCACUAGCCGGGUCUCCCGGUGAUGUUUUCCUUGCCGCCUGGGGUGACCGUACUGUUCGACUUCACGAUCUCAGGUCUCCCCGGGCCUAUGAAGGAACCUACGAAGAUCCAACAGACGACAAUUUUAUAUACAGCGUGAGGGCAUUUGGACAUGAUCGAUUCCUCAUUGGAUCGGGGGGCAAUGCCUUGAUAAAGCUGUUUGAUCUCCGCUGCACCAGCUAUAGUUACCUGGAAGCACGGGGUCCCCAAGCAGCAGCACCAAGCAACGCCCCAAUUGAGCAUAAUCAAGGCCAAUAUCCCAGCAAAGACUUCAACAUUUUCCUUUCUGCUCAACCCCCUCCUUCCUUCAAUCGACACAUCACUUCUCGUCCUACCCGAAUGGGCUCCUAUUCCUACCGGGGCCCUAUAUACAGCAUGUCCACUCCCUCGCCGUCCUCGCCAACUGUGUACACUGGCAUUGCAGGCGGCCUAAUCCGCCUUGACUUUGCGUCAACGGAUGACCUGACUGGACCUGUGAAGGAGUGGUAUGAUUGCAAUCUCGACCUCGGCUUUGAUGCAGAGAUGAAGCCAGCGGACGAGUCCAGCUUAAUCACGGUGGCGGGAUAUGAGAGACCGGACCCAGAUGAUCUGACCACCACUUCCAAGCUGAGGAAACAACAUGGCUCCUGGAAUCUCAGACUCAAAGAUGCUCACAGGGGUGCCGAGACUGGCUGGGAUCGCCGGUGGGAAGCCCUGGAGAAGCCUGGGGCAUGGCGGCGGCAGGACGGUUAA